UUCGCUUCAGUUCACAUCAAUACACAAUCCUUCAAAACCCUUGUUCCCUCUCUCUCAUUUCGUUAUCUCUCUGAGUUUCUUGUUCAGAACAACAGCAGCAAUGGAUUCCACAGAAGCCUCGGUUACCGAUUUGAAUAAUAAACUGAGAGAAGAGGAUGAUGACAACACCGCAGCUAACGGAGAUCAGAAGAAGGAGCCUGCUUGUUUCUCAUCUGUGAUUCCUGGGUGGUUCUCCGAGAUGAGUCCCAUGUGGCCAGGAGAGGCACACUCUUUGAAAGUUGAGAAAGUUUUGUUUCAAGGGAAAUCAGAUUACCAGGAUGUCAUUGUUUUCCAGUCUGCGACAUAUGGAAAAGUGUUGGUUUUGGAUGGAGUAAUCCAACUUACGGAGAGAGACGAAUGCGCUUAUCAGGAAAUGAUCACUCAUCUUCCUUUGUGCUCUAUUCUUAACCCAAAGAAGGUCUUGGUCAUUUGAGGAGGAGGUGGAGGUGUCCUGCCUGAAGUUGCACGCCAUGCUUCUGUUGAGCAGAUUGACAUGUGUGAAAUUGAUAAAAUGGUGGUCGACGUGAGUGCUUAAUCUCUGUUUAGUAACCGAAUAUUCAUAUGAGUACAUAUUGGUUUAAUGUGUUUCCACAUAUUUUGACUCUUCAGGUCUCUAAGCAGUUUUUCCCUAAUGUAGCAAUUAGAUUCGAUGAUCCUCGCGUGAACCUCGUCAUUGGUGAUGGUGUUGCUUUCUUGAAGAAUGCUAUUGAAGGUUCAUAUGAUGCGGUUAUUGUUGACUCAUCAGACCCAAUCGGUCCUGCAAAGGAGCUUUUUGAGAAACCCUUCUUCCAAUCUGUGGCGAGAGCUCUUCGUCCUGGUGGAGUUGUGUGCACUCAGGCUGAAAGCUUGUGGCUUCACAUGGACAUCAUCGAAGACAUUGUUUCCAACUGUCGUGACAUCUUCAAGGGUUCAGUAAACUAUGCCUGGACUAGCGUCCCAACAUACCCUAGUGGGGUUAUUGGGUUCAUGCUCUGUUCAACUGAAGGGCCUCAUGUCGACUUCAAAAACCCUGUGAAUCCUAUUGAUGACAGCUCCAGCAAAUCAAAUGGACCCUUGAAGUUCUACAACGCUGAGAUUCAUUCAGCUGUGUUCUGCUUACCUUCUUUCGCUAAGAAGGUGAUCGAGUCAAAAGCGUCUUGAAAGAGAGAGAAUUGAGGAUAGGAUCGUUGCACUUA